ACUUUAAAUAGAUUAAUAUAUUUCAAGCAAAAUGAACACCUCUCUUGAUAUCAAUACAUUCAGAAGACACCCUCAAAAUACCCUAAAUGACAGCAAUGCUAAAAUAUUGAGAUUCUCACAGCAAAUUCCUAUUUUCGCUAAUAUAAGAGACAUUAAGAAUCGGACAAAUGACCUGAAAAGGUCUAGCAUGAACUUGGCUUCUCAUAGAAUAAUGGAGAUCGUAAACCCAAGAAAAUCUAUUCGCAAGAUGACAAAUUUUAAGCGGAAUACUUCAAAGGCAAAAUCUGAAGUCAGAAAGUACAUAAAUUCAGGCUCAAGGUAUUACGAUAAGAGGUCUAAAGCGGACAAAUUCCAUAAAAAAUUCUCAAAAUUUAAAGGAACUCAAAAUUUCGCUGUUCUCAAAAAUUAUUCAAACCAGGAUCAAGAGCACAGAAGUACUAGAAGACCGAUCCGUUUUGGAGAUGAAGAAGUUGACUCUUCAAAUGCUUCGAAUACAGGUGAAAAAACUUCUGAAAAGCCAAAAAGAUCCUCUCUCUUUAAAAAAUUAGAAAAAAGAAGGACUGGGAUACUUCUCUCUUUUGAUACUCAGAAAAUUCAGGAUGAAAAUCAAGAAGUAACCAGCAAACCUUCUGACAGCACAAUUGUAUCUCACACGACCCAAACCAACUCCUUUGCCAGGACUUCCCGAAGAAAUAUCCUAAGACCAAGCGUGGACAGUAGAAAAAACAAUAACAACUACAUGGCAAGAAUUGAAAGUUAUUUAAGAGCCAACAAGAUUAGGGCAUCUUUUAAAGAUGCCUCUCUUGGGCAAAUGAAAAUAACUGACUACAGCUCCCUAACGACACCAAUCAAUCCCAAAACAACUCCAGGAAUGACCGAUGCUGAUCUCUCAUACAUCUCAGAUAUCCACAGGAUCAUGAAGACCCUUACUAAGGAUGAGCAGGUUGAUGGGUGGACGAAGAAGUCAAGGAUUCACAGGGUUAAGAGAAGAUACGGGAUUUGUAGGAAAAGGAUCUUUAGUCAUUAAGAAUGGUGAAGGAGAGAUGAGUUUUGGCACCUGAGUGUGAUAGAAAGCUGGUUGGUUUAAGAGU